UCUCAUUGUUUACUUACUGAGCCGUUCAAAAGACUCGAUUCGUUCGCGAAAGUCACAGCUCUAGCCCAUGGUCCAAGUUGAGUACGGCAGCAGAGAGAGAGGGUCGUCUGCCUGCGGAACAUCGCCGCUGCCGGUCGGACUUUCUUCCUACCGCGGCCUGUCUAAGACACGUCCGCCUUGGAUACAACACUCGCCAGUUUUAGCCCGAAGUCGGACGCGGGGGUGUCGGCCCUGCGCUUGGCCUCGCGCCGCUUGCUAGCAAGAAGUUAGCAUGGCGGAGAACCACAACCUGGUGGCCGAGGACAAGACCACCAAGCCGGGCCACGGUGAAGUCAACCACAGGUGGAAGUACAUCAGCCUGGCCCUGCUGGUGGUCCAGAACUCCGUGCUCAUACUCAGCAUCCGUUAUGUGCGCACGAUGCCGGGCGAGCGUUUCUUUGCCACGUCGGCUGUGGUCAUGGCAGAGGUCCUCAAGGUGCUGGCGUGUCUCCUCAUCAUCCUGUUGCAGGAGAGGCUCAACGUGAAGGAGACGGCGGCGCUCCUGGUGGACGGCAUCUUUUUCCAGUACAGGGACACGUUGAAGUUGGCAGUUCCGUCCCUCAUCUACACGCUACAGAACAACCUGCAGUACGUCGCCAUCUCCAACCUGCCCGCCGCCACCUUCCAGGUGACGUACCAGUUGAAGAUCCUGACUACGGCGCUGUUCAGCGUAUUGAUGCUGAGGAAAAGUCUGACAAGAGUCCAGUGGUUGGCUCUGCUGCUGCUCUUUGUGGGUGUCGCCAUUGUGCAGGUGCAGCAGGACGGCAACAAGGAGGCGGCGCACGCCGACCAGAACUACACCAUCGGCCUGAUCGCCGUGGUCAUCAGCUGUUUGUCGUCGGGGUUUGCCGGCGUCUACUUCGAGAGGAUCCUGAAGGGAAGCGCCCCGUCCGUCUGGGUCCGUAACGUACAGCUGGGCAUCUUCGGCAUGUCCCUGGGCAUGCUGGGACUGUGGUGGAACGACGGCGCCGCUGUGAGCCGGCGCGGCUUCCUGUCGGGCUACACUCCGAUGGUGUGGGGCGUCAUCCUCAACCAGGCGUUCGGUGGCCUCCUGGUUGCCGUGGUGGUCAAGUACGCCGACAACAUCCUCAAAGGCUUCGCCACGUCCCUCUCCAUCAUCAUCUCCACCGUCCUGUCCGUCUACCUCUUCGCCUUCAACGUGGACCUAAUGUUCACUGCCGGGGCUGGGCUGGUUAUCAGCGCCGUCUACAUGUACAGCCUGCCCAAAGCUUCGCCACGCCCCAGCCUGUCUUACGCCGCCACGCAGGAGUGCGCCGAUAUGGAGGCCUUUCCGACAAAGUGUGCCAGGAAGCAGAAAGGAUCUUGAGAGGAAGAGCGCUCUCUGACGCCCCCUGCUGGUGCAGCACACUAACAUGUGACGGCUCAAUGGAUAGGGCACACGACCUGUCACUCAAAGGAGCUAAUUUCUCACGUUUUAUGUCAAAUUUUAAUGCAAAACUCAGGUUUUUUUUGGUUUUUUUAAUAGCCACGAGUUAUGUUGGGACAAAAUACAGUACUAGGCAAAUAAAGCUCGUUCCAAUCAACGGAGAAGAGUAAGAACAGGUGUUAAUUUUCUUUUUGGCCCUCAAAUGCCGCUGUAGUCACUACGACGCGGACUUUCGGGAUUAGCCGUUUGAGAUCGCUACUAGCCACACGUUUAGUCAACAAAUGCACACUUUAACAUUUGUUUCAGAUUGUCGAAAUCAAAUAAAAAAACAUUAGUAAUUUACCUAGUGAUACACCUGCCGUUUAAACUUAAUUGAAAGGAGCUCCAUGGGUCUCAAACGCGAGCUCGUCCGUGACGACAGCAACGAUUGCAGUGCAUUCUGGGACUUGUAGUAUUAGCGUCGCCGUAGCAUUUAGCCAACAAACACAUAGUGUACUGACAUAUGGUCAAACAUAAUACCAGGAAUAAACUUAGUAAUAGAACUGUCUUUUAAACUUGAUCGAUAGGAGCGCCAUGGUCCACGCGAGCCUGUCCAUGACGACACAGCAGCUAUCGCAGUGCAUUCUGGGACGUGUAUCAGCGUUGCCUGCAAGAACCCUAACUGGACACAUUAGACACAAAACAUCUUUUUGUAAUCACACUUUAUCUGCUUGUCAGGGCUAUAAGUAAGUUAAUGUAUAUAAAUGUUGCAAACAGCUCCUUUUAGUGUUUAAAAAUGUAUAUAAUUGCUAGUAUCGCCAUUGUUCUCUUCAGAGCUCUCACUGAUGCGUUUUGAUGCAGCUAGUGACGUCAUGGUCACCAAAAACAGCUUGCCUGGUCACGUGCUACAAAAGUCACAUGACCGACAGCCCCAGAAAGGGGAAGUAACAACAUACUUCCUGUAAAUGAACUUCAUAUAGCAACAGACAUGGAGGACAGGAUGGCGGUCGUCUUUGUUUGACUAUUUUUUGCGUGGAAGAGAAGGCAAAGAAAGAGGAAAAAGAAAGUGAAGGAAGGAAAGAAAAGGACGUAGGACGAAAAGAGCCAAAGCUACAUGAGCAUUAGCUUUGGAAACCUGUCAGCAACAUGAAUGAAACGUACGCUGUGGUCAACAAGCCCAGGCGUCCCCGCCCACCGACGGAUGACCACGCCCACUCCGGUGUAGCCCCGCCCAGACUGGCAGGAAACAGCGUCGUCCAUCACUACGACAACGACCAACCCCCGCUCUACAGCGCCAUCCAUGAUGCUGGACCAGCGUUAGAGGCAUCAGACACGCACCUGUCUUCCAUGAACAACGAUUACGAAGUCUUCUCGGCCUCAGCGACACAUGUGAUCGACGCGUGUGCACGCGACGGCCUUGAGUUUAAUCAUCGUGUUCAGAAGCCAAGAGGACCCAGAGCGCCACCUGCCGGCUGGACCUGCCUGGAAGGAUGAUACAUUUAUUAAUGGUACCACCAAACCCAACUUUACAAACACAUUAAAAAAAAUAGUUUUUUUUCAAACU